AUGGCCCGACUCACGAGCCGCGAUGGUGCCUCCAAGGCUUUCUCUUGGACCACUGUCUUUUACCUUCUUUUGGUUCUGAUUGCGCCUAUGGCCUUGUUCAGCUCCACUGCUCACGCCGAGGAGAACGCCACCGAUGAAUAUGGCACUGUUAUUGGUAUUGAUCUGGGAACCACCUACUCUUGUGUUGGUGUUAUGCAGAAUGGCAAGGUCGAGAUUCUCGUUAACGACCAAGGAAACCGUAUCACUCCCUCUUACGUGGCCUUUACCGAUGAGGAGCGUCUUGUCGGUGACGCCGCUAAGAACCAAUACGCCGCCAACCCCACCAACACUGUCUUCGAUAUCAAGCGAUUGAUUGGUCGCAAGUUCGAUGACCGUGAUACCCAGAAGGACGCCAAGCACUUCCCCUUCAAGGUUGUCAACAAGGAUGGCAAGCCCAACGUCAAGGUUGAGGUCAACAACUCCCCUAAGGUCUUCACCCCCGAGGAGGUCUCCGCCAUGAUUCUCGGCAAAAUGAAGGACAUCGCCGAGAGCUACCUGGGCAAGACUGUUACCCACGCCGUCGUUACCGUUCCCGCCUACUUCAACGAUGCUCAGCGUCAAGCCACCAAGGAUGCUGGUACCAUUGCCGGCCUGAACGUCCUCCGUGUUGUCAACGAGCCUACCGCUGCCGCUAUCGCCUACGGUCUGGACAAGACCGGUGAUGAGCGCCAGGUCAUCGUCUACGAUCUCGGUGGUGGUACCUUCGAUGUUUCCCUUCUGUCUAUCGAUAACGGUGUUUUUGAGGUUCUGGCUACCGCUGGUGACACCCACCUUGGUGGUGAGGACUUUGACCACCGUGUCAUGGAUUACUUCGUUAAGCUCUACAACAAGAAGAACGACGCCGAUGUCGCUAAGGACCUUAAGGCUAUGGGUAAGCUGAAGCGUGAGGUUGAGAAGGCCAAGCGUACUCUGUCUUCCCAGAUGUCUACCCGUAUCGAAAUCGAGGCUUUCCACAACGGCGAUGACUUCUCCGAGACUCUGACCCGCGCUAAGUUCGAGGAAUUGAACAUUGAUCUGUUCAAGAAGACCCUGAAGCCUGUUGAGCAGGUUCUCAAGGACGCUAAGGUCAAGAAGUCUGAGGUUGAUGAUAUUGUUCUUGUUGGUGGUUCUACUCGUAUUCCCAAGGUCCAGGCUCUUCUCGAGGAGUUCUUCGGUGGCAAGAAGGCCAGCAAGGGUAUUAACCCUGAUGAGGCUGUUGCUUUCGGUGCUGCCGUCCAGGGUGGUGUCCUGAGCGGUGACGAGGCCACUGUUGAUGUCGUUCUUAUGGAUGUUAACCCUCUUACUCUCGGUAUUGAGACCACUGGCGGUGUGAUGACCAAGCUCAUCCCCCGUAACACUGUCAUUCCUACUCGCAAGUCGCAGAUCUUCUCCACUGCGGCUGACAACCAGCCCACCGUGUUGAUCCAGGUGUUCGAGGGUGAGCGCUCGAUGACCAAGGACAACAACCAGCUCGGCAAGUUUGAGCUGACUGGCAUUCCUCCUGCUCCUCGUGGUGUUCCUCAGAUCGAGGUCGCCUUUGACCUGGAUGCCAACGGUAUUCUCAAGGUUAGCGCCAGUGACAAGGGCACUGGUAAGGCCGAGUCCAUCACUAUCACCAACGACAAGGGUCGCCUCACCCCCGAGGAGAUCGAGCGUAUGGUCCAGGAAGCUGAGGAAUUCGCCGAGGAGGACAAGGCGAUCAAGGCCAAGAUUGAGGCCCGUAACGGACUGGAGAACUACGCCUUCAGCCUGAAGAACCAGGUCCAGGACGAUGAGGGUCUUGGUGGCCAGAUCGAUGAGGACGACAAGCAGACCAUUCUGGACGCUGUCAAGGAGGCUGUUGACUGGUUGGAGGACAACGCCGCCACUGCCACCGCCGAGGACUUCGAGGAGCAGAAGGAGCAGCUCUCUAGUGUCGCUUACCCCAUCACUAGCAAGCUGUACGGCUCUGCUCCUCCUCCUGAGGAUGAUGAGCCCUUGGACCAUGACGAACUGUAA